GAACAUGCUAUAUACUAAAGCAAAUUAGGAGUUAUCUACGUACAAAUAAACUUUUAUAACGUCAUUCAAGCGAGUGUUUCAUCAACAGGCAGCAUCGAUAGUAAAAUGAGUGAUCAGAAAACAAAUGUGGAAGAAAAACCUUUAAAAGAUAAUAAAAAUGAAUUUAAAACCAAAACGAUGUAUGAGAAAAUAUGUUAUAUCAAAUGUAACGUCACUGUUGAACCAAUAUUCGCUGGACUAGUUAUAGGAUCUAUGCUUUCUAGAAUAGCCAUACAAAAUCUUAAUUUGGAUAAAACGUGCAGAGUGAAAAAAGAUUAUGGGGAUGUUAUUUGCGAUGCACUUAUUGUAAGAAAAGGUAACCAUACUGAAGAAGAAGGAGAAAUACAGAAGAUUAUAUCUCAAAUCGAAACGUGGAGGAGCAUAAUACAGACUGCAGUGCCUACCUUGCUUGUGAUUUUCAUGGGUGCUUGGAGUGAUAGGACAGGAAAUAGGAAGAUUUGCAUUCUCUUACCAGUGGCAGGAGAGAUCUUGGUUUGCGCAAGCAAUAUUCUGAGCACUUACUUUUUCGACGAGAUUCCUGUAGAAGUGACGAUGUUGCUUGAAUCUGUAUUCCCUGCUAUUACUGGUGGAUGGGUCAUGAUGUAUCUUGGAGUCUUCAGCUACAUAAGUGACAUUACGACGGCAGAAUGCAGGACUUUCAGGGUUGGCUUAGCUAAUCUUUGCAUGACGUGUGGUGUUCUCGUUGGCACUUCGUUAAGUGGAUUCCUCUUGAGGUUUGGAGGAUACUAUGGAGUAUUUCUUACAACUGGAAUCAUACAAUUAGCUAUUGCUGCAUAUGGAUGCAUGUAUUUAAAGAAAAAUACUAAACCUGAUCAAGAUUCAAAUGAGAAGAAGGACCCUAUAACAGCCAAAUACCUUAUAACGGUGCAGAAGGAGACAGCUUCAGUUGUAAUCAGAAAACGGGAGGGCAAUGUCAGGCUGAAGAUCAUAUUAACGCUCAUAGUUGUAGCGAUGGCUUAUGGCCCGAACCAUGGUGAAUCUAAAGUGUUAUAUCUGUUUCUGCGCUACCGUCUCAAUUGGGAUGCAGUAAAGUACAGCAUUUAUUCUACGUGCAACAUCAUCACGCAUUCUAUAGGAGCUUUGUUCUCGAUCAGCGUGUUCAGUAAGCGGUGGGGCUGGGAUGACUCUGUGCUCUGCCUCAUAUCCAUCGUCAGCAAGAUGGUCGGCUCCAUGUUCAUUGCAUUUGUCGCCACUGAUUUCCAAAUGUUUAUGGUUCCACUGGUUGAGGUACUAAACGCCACGACGUUUACAUCAUUAAGAUCAAUGGCUUCAAAAUUAGUACCCAGUCAAGAAAUGGGAAAAAUGAAUUCUCUCUUCAGUCUCGUGGAAACGCUGGCGGCGUUAGCGUUCGAUCCCACCUACACGACGUUGUACGGGGCUACUAUGAAGACAUUCACCGGCGCCGUGUUCCUUUACAGUGCGUGCAACACCUUACCGGCUAUAUCAAUAUUAAUAUGGUUCUUCAGGCAACAUCGCAAAGAAGUAAAGGAGAAAAAACCUGAAACAAUAAUCCAGAAACUUGAUGUCAUUUGUACUCCUGCACCGGAGAAAUCGUAACUGGCUUCAAAUUGGGACUUUUCCAUUACCGAUUUGUAACCACGUUUGGUAACCGGC